AUGUGUCAAAAGGUUACAGAGGCGCCGAACUGCGGCUUGCGUACACUGGGUAGUUGCUGUAGUGACCAGACCUCUGAAUUUACGCACGCACCUGAGGCCAUAGCAAUGACGAUAAGCGAUAGACGGCACGCGAAACGCGAACAAAAAUAUUAUCAUAGCGUCCGCCGGCACCGCAAAAGUGUGGCGAAGCCAAACCAUCAGGAUGAAGUCAGACAACUGGUGCACAUCAUUCCUGGAUUAAACAAUCGUCCGGAUGUGGAUGAGGUCACAGUUAUCGACGAAACAAUCAAGUUCAUCACCCAGCUUGAAAAUGCAUUGAUUCGAAAGCAUUGUCCUAACGACAAUGGUGAUGUCACCUUCGAUCGUUCCAGGCCUCAGAUGCAUCCUCUUCUGCGUAAACUGCUUCCCAGAAAUUCACCAAGGACUCCUCGACAUUUAACCCAAGCAGGAAUUCCCGAUACAGCGAAUGACACUACCGAUGCUUCCUCCUGUAUGACACCGGAUUAUCAGGGGUGA